AAAAAAGAAAGGAAGACCAUUUUACAAAAAAAUUACCAUUUUGAAGAUGAUAACUUCAAACCCACCUUUUCCUUUUUUAUUUCUUUAAUUUCCCAAACAAAUAGUUACCUAGCAAGGCCCACAAUUUUACAUCUUUUUUUUAAAAAAAUAAAAAUAUAAUCACAUACCUGGUCAACCACACCAAUUUUUAUUGGAUCUUGCUGCUAAAGUUUGUGUUUUUGUCAUACCCAAAACCUUAAUUUGUUGAUUAGAUUUCUGGGUUUUUUGAUUGUGAACUCCAAGUUUGCAGUUUUGGGGAGCUAUGAAUUUCAGAAGCAUGGAGGAAUUUUGGCCUUACUACAUGAAUCAACACUCAAAACCAGCAACAAGGCGUUGGCAUUUUCUUGGUACACUUUGCAGUAUCUUAUGCUUGGCUUACACACUGCUGUUUAAUAAGUGGUUUGUGAUACUUGUGCCAAUUCUUGGGUAUGGCUUGGCUUGGUAUAGUCAUUUUUUUGUUGAAGGGAAUGUUCCUGCAACAUUUGGACACCCUUUUUGGUCUUUGUUAUGUGAUUUCAAGAUGUUUGGUUUAAUGCUCACUGGUCAAAUGGAUAGAGAAAUCAAAAGGCUUGGGAAAAGGCCUGUUUUACAGGUCUAUUAAUGUUCUUCUAAGCUCUCUCGUCUUUUUUCUUAUGGAUAUACUUGUAAGUGCAUCAACAAAUGCUUUUUCUUUCUGUUCAGAUUUACAGACUGAUACUGGAUUCUCUAGACUUGUAUAUAAAUCUAUUGUUGGUUGUCAACUUUGCGAUGGAACGUGUUUUUUGCUAUA